CGGGAGGGAGCCAGGGAGGGCUCUUUGGAGAGGGGAUCUUGAUGAUAAUGAGAUAGCAUAGACAGUUAGCAUUUUCCCUUUGCAAAUUAUCUGACCUCGUCGUUGUAGCUACAUUAGAUACUAGCAUAGUGUGUCUCAUGAGUUUCCGUUGAACCGGAUAGUUUAAAGGGCUUUCUCUAUACAACCAGCUAGUUUGCGCGCUUACGGGAUGUCAAAGCGUCUGCGCAACAACAGAGACUGUCAGGUCUGCGCUGAUUGUAGCGCCCCGGGCCCAUGUUGGGGCUCAGUGAACAGGGGUGUGCUGGUCUGUGAUGAGUGCUGCAGCAUCCACCGGGGUCUGGGACGACACAGUUCCCAAGUCCGACACCUGACCCAUACACCAUGGCCCCCCUCCCAACUACAGAUGGUUCAGACAUUGUACAGCAAUGGGUCCAACUCCAUCUGGGAGCACUGCCUUCUGGAUCCCUCGUCUAUCUCGAGUGGGAAACGCAAGGCCAACCCCCAGGACAGAGUCCAUCCCCAUAAAACGGAGUUCAUCAAGGCCAAAUAUCAGAUGCUGGCUUAUGUCCAUCGAAUGCCCUGUCGAGAGGAUGACAGUGUCACUACGAAGGACCUCAGUAAGCAACUCCACUCCAGUGUUCGGACUGGGAACCUGGAGACGUGCCUGAGACUGUUGUCUUUGGGAGCCCAGGCCAACUUCUUCCACCCGGAAAAAGGAAACACUCCGCUGCAUGUAGCAGCUAAGGCAGGCCAGGUGUCGCAGGCAGAGUUGCUGGCUGUGUAUGGGGCGGAUCCCGAUGCCCUAGACAUGGGGGGUAAGACCCCUAUUGACUACGCAAGACAAGCAGGUCAUCAGGAGCUGGCAGACAGACUGGUAGAGAUCCAGUAUGAACUCACUGACUGCUUGGCAUUUUACCUCUGUGGGAGAAGGCCAGAUCAUAGAAACGGACAGCACUUCAUAAUUCCACAAAUGGCUGACCGCAGUCUGGAUUUGUCAGAAUUUGCAAAAGCUGCAAAGAAAAAACUCCAGUCUCUCACUAACCAUCAGUUUGAAGAGCUUGCCAUGGACGUUUAUGAUGAAGUGGACAGAAGAGAAACUGAUGCAGUGUGGCUGGUGACUCAGAACCACGGCACUCUGGUAACAGACACAACUGUGGUGCCUUUCCUCCCUGUCAACCCUGAGUACUCAUCCACCAGAAACCAGGGCCGGCAGAAACUAGCGAGGUUCAACGCACAUGAAUUUGCAACACUCGUCAUUGACAUAUUAACUGACGCCAAACGUCGGCAACGGGGGAACUCCUGUAAAAGUCCCAGAGAGGACAUAGAGCUCAUCCUGGAGGGAAUCAACAGCCGUCACGGGAGUGAUAACCAGGAUAAUGAAGACCAGCCAGAUUAUGACAGUGUGGCGUCUGAUGAAGAUCCAGAGCGGGAACCAGCCCCUGGGAAGAAUGGGAAAGAUGGCAGGACCAAGAGCUCCGAGUCGUCGGACUUGUCUGAUGGCCCCAUUACGUUGCAUGAGUUCAUGGAGGUGAAGAGCGCCCUCACGGCCUCCGAGGCCAAGAUACAGCAGCUACUCAAGGUCAACUGUCACCUGAGUGAGGAGCUCCAGUUGAUGCAGAGCAAGCUGAACUCCCUGCAGACUGAGAAGUCCUCCCUGAGAUGGCAGACACCCAGUGGCCAGCAGCACCCCCGGGACCUCUCCGGCCGCCCCCCUCUCCCCGGGGGCCGCCCCAUGUCCAUGUAUGAAACGGGCUCAGCCAUGAGGCAGUAUCCCCACAGGGGCGUGCCUCCUCGCCGUGACGACAGCCUCACCGUCCAGCCCCUCCCUACAAACAUUGGGAGGGGUCCUUUGGGGAACGCCUCCUCCUCCCUCCCUACCUUCCCCUCCUCCCUGUCCUGGUCGCGGGACGAGCGAGCUCGAAGGGGUUGUAGCCUGGAGGGACAGAGCCGCAUGCUGGAGAGUGACUAUGACAACACACCAAACCACACAGAACUGGAGGAGUCUGGUAUGGGCAGGAACAGCAGUUGGCUCUGGGAUAGCAGUACAGCAGAGCAGGGGGAGGAUGAGACUGAGGCUGACUCCACCCUGCCCUGCACAGAGGACGUCAUUUGUAAGACGGAGCAGAUCACCAAGAAUAUUCAGGAGCUGCUGAGGGCCGCGCAGGAGAACAAACAUGAGAGCUCCAGGCCAGGAAGUCUAGGCCGCUUCUCUGGCUUGCUGCCCUGCUGUGAGGGGGCCGGCCGCGGACGGACUUGUCUCUACAGCCUGGUGCCCUGCUCUGACAGGGCUGCCCAGGGCUGUCUAUCUACCCUGCUGCCCUGUUCUGAGAGUGCUGAGGGGGCCCCUGCUUCCUCUCUCCAGGCCCCCCCUGGCUCGUGCUUUGUACCGUGCUCAGAAAGAAUCCGUGUGGCUGUGAGAGAGAUGGCCAUCCUGUUUCCAAAGAGGCCAUGCUCAGACACAGUGCGAGGGUCUCUGCGGCUGCUCACCUCUAGUGCCAGCCGGCUCCAUGGGGAGUGCCAGAAGGCCUCGCCCCACAACCCUUGCCCCUCCGACAUGCAGCUGGUCACGCAGCAGGUCAUCCAGUGUGCCUAUGACAUUGCCAAGGCUGCCAAGCAACUCGUCACUGUGACAACCAAAGAGAACAGCAACUGAUGUUUUUUUAACCCAAGGACUAACAUCCCUUUUUAGAUAUUUGAGAGAUAUAUAUAUUAUCAGUACUAAUUUCAAGUUAGUGUUUAUCAGUGUUACCAUUGUUAUUUGUAUGCCACCAUUUUUAUUUAAAGUACUCAAUUCGUCUUAGUAAAUUUUCUAGUGAAGAAUGUUUACAGAAAGUGUACCUUGCGAAAUGUGGGUCACCCAAGGGAUUUGUCCAUCGGUUUGUCUGUUAGGCAGGUCAUCAUACUCUAGCAGUAUGAGUAUAUCUAUCUGGGAUUACCUCAAAAAGAGACAUUCGUUACUAUUUUGCAACAUUACACAUUUUAAACAGCCUUGGAUCAAUUUCAGGUGGCUGAACAUUUGUGGUUGCUGGGAGUGCUUGUUCUUGGUGCUCUCUGCUAUGCAACAAGGACAGUUGGCUGUCCAAAGCUUUCAAACAGUUCGCUUUUAACUUCUUAUUCAAGGCCAAACACAUUGGGAUCUUAAACCUAGUCAGAUCCAUAAUUAUUGGCACCCUUGAUAAUGAUGAUACUAAAAUAAAUACAUCUGACCAUAGCACUGCCUGGAGUUUGAUAAAAGGCAUUGGCACAUUGGAUUGGUGGAUCUUUGAUGUUAUGGGACUAUUUUGCUUCCACUGGUCCUGGGGCCCGUGUUAAGGUCAACAGCAGCAUGAACUUACCCAGUACCAGGACAUUUGAACCAAAAACCUGGUUGCCAAUGCCAGGAGGCUGACACUUGGCUGCAAGUGGAUCUUCCAGCAAGACAAUAACCCUAAGCACUAAUGAAAAUCCACGAAGAAAUUGUUAAUUGACCACAAAAUCAACAUUUUCCAAUGGCCAUCUCAUUCUCCGGACUUGAACACCCAGUGGUUUAAAUUGAAGAGGGCACUCCAUAAGAGCAUGAGGAAUGCUCUAAGAUCCCUCGCAACGUGUUCUCCAAUCUCAUGAUACAUUUUAGCAAAAGGCUGUGUCUUUAUCCUCACAAGGGGAGGGCGAUAGACUAUUGAAAACAGGGGUGCCAAUAAUUUUGACUUAUUUUAUUUUUGAGCCAACAAUAUAGCUCAGUAUUUGUAUUUAUUUGAUAGUUUUUUGCUGAUCUUUAUCAAGGGUGCCAACAAUUAUGGGCCUGAUUGUAGCUUAGUGGAAUACUGAGCCAUGAUGCGUCCAUUACAACGUUUUCCUCAAGGUAUUUUCCAUUAAUGCCAUUUUUAUGUUUCAUGCCAAAGCCAUAAAGGUGAGGACAACGCCCAAGUCAGUUUUCCAUUGGUCAGUUUCUUUUCGUAGUUGUUUGAGCUCAAAAGGUAUAGCAAAAAAAGGAUCAUACCUCACACACAUGCCCAAUAUCAAUUUUGUUUUAGUGUAGUGUGUUUUUUAUGACGUUUAUCCCAAAGGGAUACUCAAAACAGCCGACCCAAAUUCUAUAAUUUGUUUUAUAAAAAGAUAUUAGUAUAAAAAUGUACAAACCAUCUAUUCUUAAUUCAUACAACCCAUCUCUAUAUUCUAUGUAUGAAUACAAUCUCACACUUGACAAAUUGUCAACAUUUUAUUUUCUUAAAACUUUUUAACAGUUUUUAACGAGUUCCCUCGUAUUCUGUGCUGUUUUAAGGCAUGCAAGUUUUCAUAUUGGUGAUGUCUUCUAUACAGCAUUUGGAUUUCAAUAUAUCCACAGGCAAUCAGAUGUGCUUGUGAUCUCUCUCACUCUGUGUGUGUGUGUGUGUCCCAUAAUUUACAUUGUCUUUCUUGUGCUGCAUGUGGUAAAACAUGUUCAUCUAAUAGGGUUUUAAGAUGUGUUAAAAGCAUUUGUCCUUUUUACAUGUAUUAUGGGCCAUACAGUCAUGUGGGGGUCAUGUGUUGUCCAGGGAUGUGGGGAUCAAUUGUGUGCCAUUGCGUGUUAUGAGCCAGACAACAGUCAUACAGUUACUUACAUUGUGAUUGAAAUAAAGAACUGCCUUUUAAAGUAAUAAACUUGAAUUUAUAACUCGA